AUGCAGUGCCUCCCCGGGCUGGUGCUGGCGCUGAGCUCGCUGCUGGGCGCCCUGGCGCUGCUGCAGCUCUCGCUGCACCUGCGGGUGCCGUCCCGCUACGGGAAGCACGAGGAGCGGCUGGCGCGGCCGCGGGGAGAAGCAGCGGCGGCCGGGGGAACGGGCGCGAGGAUGGCCGGGACUAACCCGCGGAGCGCCGGGAGCGGGCAGCGCUCGGCUCCGGCCAGCCGGGCACCAGCGGGGCUCCUGCGCUCCGCUCCGCAUCCUCGCUCCACUGCCCAAGCACCGGCUCACUUUCUUAUCUACCUUAGGACAUUUAUUUACCCUUUCUUCACUAGAGGCAGACCUUUCCCACUGCAAUUGCUUUUCUUUGGCAUGUUAUUCUGUAUCUAUAAUGGCUUCCUCCAGGGGUACUACCUGAUUUACUGCGCUGAAUAUCCACACGAUUGGUGCACCGACAUCAGAUUUACAUCAGGCCUCCUCUUAUUUCUGCUGGGAAUGGGAAUCAACAUCCACAGUGAUCUCCUGCUGCGCCAGCUGAGGAAACCCGGGGAAGUCACUUACAAGAUUCCUCAAGGAGGACUGUUCACCUAUGUUUCUGGAGCCAACUACUUUGGAGAAAUUGUGGAAUGGUUUGGUUUUGCCAUUGCAACCUGGUCCCUGCCAGCCUUCGCCUUUGCUUUUUUCACUCUUUGCUGCAUUGGUCCACGUGCUUAUCACCAUCACAGGUAUUAUCUCAAGACAUUUACGGACUAUCCAAAAUCAAGGAAAGCCUUGAUUCCUUUUGUUUUUUAAUGAUUGAAAUAUGGACUCUUUGUUUUGUUUUUAUAGGAUUUUUUUUUCAAGUCCUAGUUUUAAUGCUAGGUCUGACUACAAUUAAUUGUUUAGAUGAUAACCCAGGAUUGUAACAGAACAGAAGGUCAUUUGGAAUGGAAGUUCUUGUUUUAAUUAGAGGGGAAAUUGCAGAUAGUUGUGGGCAAAGGGACUCCCAAAAAACCAUAUUUGCUUCUCAGUGCAGCUCUAUCUAUGGGAAAAUAAAUAUGUAACUGCAUUGACAUCAGAGAAAAAAAACAUUGGCUAAAUAUUGUUGCAGAAAAGUAGAAAGUAAGCCCAUCACUUUGGAGAAAGUCUUCAGCAGCCACUCCCAUUUAUAGCACUUCUGCAACUGCUUCUUCCUGCCUCCACGCUGUAGCACGUGUGCCCUUGCUCUGCUGGCAGUGCCCUAUGCGUUCCCACACUUUAAACCAGAGAGGGGUCUCAUUUGCCCCAAAAAAUUACUUUUUCAAGUAAAUAAAAUGAGAUAAAAUGAAUUAUUUUUCUUCUAAAAGCCAUCUUAACUCCCAGAAACACGACGUAAUGAGGGAACUCGUGCUGGCACAAGGCUGGAGCAGAGUGCCAUGGCACAGAGGUGAGGCGAGGUACACAGAGAUGAAAGCUGGCACUCACAAUGUCUGUGUUCCUUCCUUAAGCAUUACCUUCCUCACUGUCAGAUGAUUAAUCUUCAGGCAUCAGGGUUUGUUUUUUAAAUGUACUUGGUUAUAGCAAUUGCAGCUCCAUUAGCAUUUCUUUUCUCUUGCAAGUCCAGAUCUUUUUUUCCCGAAUAAAAAUUUUUCCACUCAAAACCGCUCAGUUGCUGUUCAUAAAAAGAUUUGAAAUGGUGAUGUAUGACAAAAAUUACAACAAAUAAAAAGCUCUGUGUUGAAGAAAAUGUUCUCUGACACUGGCAGUACAUUUUGUCUACGGAGAAUAUUUUCAGAUACUCUCAUUAGGAAAUGAUGCAAAGGUAUUAUUGAAUUUUUACAGAAAGACAGAAUGCCUUUUCCUAAUUUCAGGGUAGUUAGGAAUUUUCCAAAAAAAUGUCAUUAACCCCAAUAGGAAGAGAUGUCCUCUUGGAUGCUGAUAGUUUUAGUUACCCUUUAGAGCAUAAAAUCCUGCUAAGAAUUAUGCUGAGUGGCUGAAAAGAAAAAGACCAGACUGUACACAUGAAACAUACUGUUGGAGUAACCCAACUGAUUGUAUGCAAUUUCCUCCAAAACACAAUAAAAUUUA